GGCGUCUUAUGUCAAUACAUGACCCUACGGUCGUACAUGCACCAACCUUACCCCAAGUUACAGUGGAGCAAAACGCAGCGUCGGCCAUUUUGUUAGAAAGAAGUGUGCUUCGCAGUCGCAAAGAUCCGAAAUUCGCAUGAAUUUCGGGACCAACACGGGCCAAUCGGUUGCAAACUAGUGAAAAAACGCGUGAUUGAGACUCUUUGAACGAUUUCAGCAUACCGAUUAGGAUGGAGGAUAAGGCUAUGCUUAAAGAUUUAGACCAAUGGAUCGAGCAACUGAACGAGUGCAAACAAUUGACCGAAUCGCAAGUGAAAAUUCUGUGUGAUAAGGCGAAGGAAAUUCUAUCGAAGGAGUCCAACGUACAAGAGGUAAAAUGCCCGGUUACAGUAUGCGGAGACGUUCAUGGACAGUUCCACGACCUGAUGGAGCUGUUUCGGAUAGGUGGACGAUCGCCGGACACUAACUAUCUGUUCAUGGGCGAUUACGUCGAUCGUGGCUAUUAUUCGGUAGAAACCGUAACUCUGUUGGUAGCACUGAAGGUACGAUAUCGCGAAAGAAUUACGAUCCUUCGCGGUAAUCACGAGUCUCGGCAAAUUACGCAAGUUUACGGUUUCUACGACGAAUGUCUGCGGAAGUACGGCAAUCCGAAUGUAUGGAAGUUUUUUACGGAUUUGUUCGACUACUUGCCGCUGACGGCUCUGGUAGAUGGACAGAUAUUCUGCCUGCACGGAGGGCUUAGUCCAUCGAUCGAUACGCUUGAUCACAUUCGAGCACUGGACAGACUUCAGGAGGUGCCACACGAAGGUCCCAUGUGCGAUCUGCUCUGGUCCGAUCCGGAUGACCGAGGCGGUUGGGGCAUUUCUCCACGAGGUGCAGGCUACACAUUUGGACAGGACAUUUCGGAACUGUUCAAUCACACAAAUGGGCUGACAUUAGUGUCCCGAGCGCAUCAGUUAGUAAUGGAAGGAUACAAUUGGUGCCACGAUCGUAACGUGGUCACAAUUUUCUCUGCACCGAACUACUGCUACCGUUGUGGAAAUCAGGCAGCAUUGAUGGAACUGGACGAUGCACUCAAGUUUUCAUUCCUACAAUUUGAUCCAGCUCCGCGUCGUGGUGAACCACACGUAACCAGAAGAACGCCGGAUUAUUUCCUUUAAGAAGAAUAUCCUUAUAAUAUGAUGCUGAAGAAAUAGCAGAAAUAAACAAAUUAAGCAGGUACACCACACACCGAGAGCGAUUAAAAGUGAAAAGGGAGAAGGAGCCAGGCCAACACUAAAAUGCAUCAAGAAAGGUAGAAGAAGAGAAAAGGGCAAACAUGUUAAGCAAACUUGGCGUAAUGGUACAGAAGAAAAAAUGACAGAACAUACAGAAAAAGCAAGAAAAAUAACGCGUAAAGUCUCGUACAACACAUUUAAGCUUAAUAAUUACAUCGUAAUCCAAUAACAAAAAAAAGAAAUGGAAGAUCUAUUAUUUAACAAAACGAGGGGAACAUCCAAACAGAACGACAAGCGAUUUUUUUUGCCAAGCAAAUCAGCAUUGUGUGAAGGUGGUGGUACUGAUGAAGGAAGAAAAACAAAGGAAAUAAAACAAAUCCAUCGCCCAAUGUUUUCGCCAAUGCGUUCGGGGACUCUACCAUAACAUCGGAUAAAUCAAGUACCAGCCGAACGGUGCAGCUGCAGGAAGGACAAUUGAAUGCAACUCAGUUCAAUCGCAUCGUUGGUCGACGUAAGCGGCGGAUCCAAGAAGCAGGUUAACGAAUGAAGUGUAGCCGAAGGUUUGGCUCGGUCGGGCUUGUUGAACUAUUGUGCAGCUUAUUUCUGACAAGAAUUCCGCACAGUAAAAAAACUAAGGAGAGGAGAAACACAGUUUAAUUUUCACACGCCACACGAUUGAUUUUCUAAACCGCCCCUCAAUUGCAAGGGAUUGGUAGAAACGGGGGAAAGGGUAUGCAUUAACAAAACCAUCACCACCAUCAUGGUCAUGAAAUCCCGCUUGUUGUGUAGACGCGCGCGCGCUCGCUCGCUCGCUUGUCUGUAUGUACGUGUGUGUGUGUGUUUGUGUAAAACAUGCUGAGAAGACCGAUUUGGUGGGCUUGCAAAUGAUCAAUCAAUAGAGAAAGAAGUUGCAAAGUGCACGCUGUGCUGUCCUGCGUUGCAACUAGACUGCAUCCUUUUCGGAUGAUGAAACGUAAGAAGGAGGAGCAGGAGGAGAGGGAGGUUGAGGCGCAGUAGUUUUGAGAAGAGAAAUGGGUGAACAGUAAUACUACUCUACUACUACUACUGCUACUAUUAUUACUUAAGGUAAAGGCAAGGAAAGGAAGCAAAAAAGAAUGAUGUCGAAAAGUAUCCGUCUGCUUGAGAAAGGGGAAACGAAACAGAGAGAGAGCGAGAGAGAGAAAGGAAAGCAAAAGAAAGGAUUGGAAAUGAUGUGCACACUAUAUGAAAGUAUUUGAAAGUCAGAAAGCGUAAGAACUCUACCCCCUCCCGUGUCUUUACACGUUGCUACCAACACGACGACCGGUACGUUAUGAUUCCCAAUAUCACUAUUUUACUGGUUUCAUAUGUUACGUCCUGGUUCCGAUAUGUAUUGUGCAUUAGUAACCCCUUCCUCCCUCCCUCUCCAUCCCACUAACAGUUAGAGAGCAAACAAUGAGUAGCAGCAGGACCGAAACGCGUACGCGUACACUGGAACGUCGGUGCGUCGGUGAACUUAACCGAUUUUAUGCUGAAAAUAAGUAAUAUUUAUUACUCAUGGGACGCUGGGUCGUGGUAGUGUUUGCCGAUUGAGCGCUGUAUGGGCUUGAAGCUAGGAUGUCACACAAUAAACGUAUGCAAAUUAUA